UGGAAACUAUAAAUAGAAUAUUUUUGGUAAGCCCGGCCCAGUUUACGCCCCUAUAAAAUUCCUUCGCUUAAACCUCGUCUCGAAAAGCUGAAUAAAAGUAACUUUUUUUCUCGUUUUCUCUCUCUCUCUCUCGCUCGCCUAGCCAUGGAAGCUCUGUCGAGUUCCGCUUUGCAAAUUAAGAAGUUUUCUGAUAUGUCAUCGGGAAUUCAGACUGCUAAAACCAGCAACAAGCAUUGUGCUUUUUUGAGAGUCUCUCCAAGCUCCAAUAAAACGCAGUCGUUGCGACGUGUUUCUCGAGUUUCGGCGCUAGCGCGGGAAGUAUCUGAUGACGGUAGCGGCGGCGAGGACGACAGCCGCUUGGAUAACGAUAAUGGCGUAUUGCGUCUGGCAUCCGAAGAAACUCUCUCUCUGUCUCAGGGUAAUUCAUCAGAUCUCCAACAAAGUAGUGUACCGGAUAUAAAUUUGACGACACCUCCUCUUAUGGGCUCAUAUGGAACUACAAGUGGGGGAGGUACAAGAGCUGGGCUUUUCAGGACGCCUAUAUCUGGAGGAGUGCAAAGUGCCACCUCUGCUCAUGGCUUACCAAGACCAGCCCUAGCGGUCCGAAAUUUAAUGGAACAGGCUAGAUUUGCUCACCUGUGUACUGUGAUGUCACGCAUGCACCACCGCCGAGAGGGUUAUCCAUUUGGCUCACUCGUAGAUUUUGCUCCGGAUCCUAUGGGACAUCCAAUAUUUUCAUUCUCACCGUUGGCUAUACACACUAGGAACUUGCUAGCCGAUCCAAAAUGCACACUAGUUGUGCAGACUCCUGGAUGGAGUGGCUUGUCAAAUGCACGGGUCACAAUCUUUGGUGACGUAUACCCUCUCCCAGAGGACCAGCAGGAAUGGGCUCAUAAACAAUACAUAGAGAAACACCUACAGGGACCUUCUCAGCAGUGGGGAAAUUUCUACUAUUUUCGGAUGCAAAACAUAAGUGAUAUAUAUUUCAUUGGAGGCUUUGGAACUGUUGCUUGGGUCGACGUUAAAGAAUACGAAGAACUUAGACCUGAUAAAAUUGCUGUCGAUGGUGGUGAACAGAAUCUAAAGGAACUAAAUGCAAUCUUCUCAAAGCCCUUGAGAGAGCUUCUAUCCAAAGAAACUGAGGUGGACGAUGCGGCUUUCAUAUCGAUAGACAGCAAGGGUGUCGAUAUUCGUGUCCGCCAAGGCGCCCAGUUCAACGUUCAAAGGAUCUCGUUUGAAGACGGGCAGAGCGUCGAGACGCUAGAGGAGGCAAAGAAGGCACUUUGGAGACUCAUGAAUGGAGGCCAGAUGCACAAUCUGCAAAAAUGAUAUCUGCAAAAAUGAUCGCUUUUAUCGCGCAGUCUAUGCGCACCUCGAAGAGCGACUGCGUGUGCAUGGAUAACCACAAUAAGAUUUUAUUGCCUUUUUUUUUCUCUCUUUUCUAUUUUUCAUAACCUGACUGCUUGAGGUAAAUCAUGGUAGAAUUAGUGGUUGAAGAAACAUGAAUCAAAGCAGCAGCAGCAGCAGCUAACUUAUUUUGCAUUUUGUUCUUCAACGAAGUGCCCACGUUGGGUGUAUAGGAUAAGAUUCAGUCGAAUAAACUAAUAUUUAUCUCA